AUGCUUCCAAUAGAAAAAGAAAAUUCAAGAGUUGCUACAACUAAACCAUUAGAUGAACUUUUUACUAAUGUCGGUCAAAAGUUUGAGACAGAGACCGUAAAGCAUGAAGGCUAUCGUUUUGACUACCCAUUAAGAUGGCUAAGAGACCCAUCUGUCACAAAAGCUAUUGGCUUUCGUAGAAUGAAGUUUGUGUCUGUAGAAGAUAAAAGUUUUCCAUUUAUUGUAAGGUUUCAUAUAGAUUAUAUAUCUGAAGGGAAACGAAAAAUGUGGGAAGAAAUUGAGCUAAUACAAGUUGACCUUUCAUCUUCUCUACAGACUGCGUUAAAAAAUAUAGAAGAUAAAAUAAAUUCAUGUUAUGCAAAAUAUGCUGAUGAAUAUGCAAAUACCGAGAGCACACUUUAUGUGAGAAUUGUAUAUGACAAAUAA